GAGCUCCUCUUGUUGCUUUUCCCGUAGGAGCUGGUGCGUCAGCGCGGAGUGCUGCAGCGCACGGAACGGAUGGUGGACAAGAUGGAGCAGGACUUAAAGACCAGCCAGAGGCACAUCAACAGCAUCAAGAGUAUGUUCGGGGGCUUCGUCAACUACUUUAAGUCCAAGCCUGCGGACGCCGCACCUCCCCCGAAUGGCGUCGUCGACCCCCAGCCUAACCCGCGCCUGAAAGAAGCCCUGGCCACGAGUAAGGAGCAAGAGGAGAAUUACCAAGCGAGCCACCCCAACCUCAGGCGGCUGCAGAGCUCGGAUGCCAUUGGUGGGACCCAUUCUGCCGUCGGUGCGGACGCCUAUCCCAAGAAUCAGUAUCUCCGAGAAUAUCACCAAAAAAUCGACAGCAAUCUGGAUGAGAUGUCCAAGGGACUCAGGCGGCUCAAAGACAUAGCCCUGGGCAUGCAGACGGAAAUAGACGAACAAGACGAGCUUCUCGGCCGGCUCACGACCAAGGUUGAGAAUUUAGACAUCAACAUCAAAAGCACAGACAAGAAAGUCCGGCAGCUUUAGAGACAGAUGAGGUUUUCUGGUCUUUCGGCCCGGAAUGAUUGGAGAAAUUCUUUCCUUCCCAAGACGUUCUCCAAAACCUGGGAGAAAACCAUUUCACUGCUUUAUUGAUUUAAGUUACUGAUCAAACCGUGUCUGCAAGUGAUCCAAGAGCAUGAGGCUGCUGAAGGGUUAGUGACCCGGGACGGACCGGAGGGAGGGCCGGUGCCCCGGACGCUUUGCUGGAAUGGACCUGAUCACCCUGGGAAACGGUGCUGAUGUGAACACUGGAGACCUGCCGUGCUCUUCCCCCAGAGCCAUCGCCCCUCAGGGGGCCCAGGCCGCUUUGUCUCGUUGUUGGAGGUGGAAUCGCCUCCCCGGCUCCAUCCAACGGCACGAUGUCCUGCAAAGGUUCCGAGACCUCUCCCCUCUAGUGUUAGCUGUUCCAGCUCCUCCCAUCAGCCUUUCUUCCCAGAGCAGCAGCAUCCCAGGCUGCUGGGCGCCUUCUCCCCCUGCCCCAGGGGCUUUGCCAGUGGGGCCCUUCUUUCAGAUCCCCCGGCGGUCCUUGCUGACUGUCUGCCCACAAUUAGGAGUAGACCACCCCUCUGAGGCCCUGGAGAACCCCAAGAGUGUGUGCCUUUCCCAAGAACUGGACAAAAACCUCUCUUUGUGCCAUCUCCCCCUCCCCCUGCACAUUAGCUGGCUCGGGACAAAACCUUAGGGUGUGACACAAUUACAGCACUUUGACUAAUCCCUGUCCUCAAUCUCCUGCAAGUCUUUUACUAGAGGAGGUUUGAAAACUUAGGGUCUGACUCAGAGAUGAGUCCCCGGCAGGAAGGGGCAGGAUCCUGUCACCAGACCAGCUUCCUGGACUUUGUCCCUCCUCCGUGGCUCAGGCUCUGCCCCAGUCCUUGUCUCUGGUGAGAAUUUCUGAAACUACACGGUGCCCCAAAGCCAGGGGCAGGGGGGAGGGAGGGAGACCCUCACACCUGCUGAGGCAGAGGUACGCCUGUGAGUGUGAGGGAGAGCAGACCAUCCGGGAUGGGCUACCCGACUUCUUCCAGCCAAGUCUUCCUUGGGAGCCUUGCCAUCUUGGGUAAGGAUCACAGUUUUCUGUCUCUCCGUCUCUUUCUUUCUUUCUCAAUCUCUGUCCUCUCUUCUCUCUCUCUCCCUCUUUUUUUCUAUCUUUCCUUCUCUCUGUCCUCUCUCCUUAUGUCUCUCUGUAGCUAUAAAACACACAUACACACCCAUAUAGCGCUGAAUGCUACCAACCACAUUACCAGAUACCAGCAAAGAAUUGUGGAUCCACUUUAAUGGGCCGGACCCAGACUCGGUUCCCUUCCCGAGCCUUGAGGGAGAGUGAUUUCUUAAGUAAGACGCUCGGCCGGGGAGCAGCUGCCUCCUCACGGGCCCGCUUUAAAGCCCCUUGCUUCCAAGGAGCCUUUUUCACAAGUGGGAGUUUCCAUUGCCCUUCGUGCCUGUGACACCUUCAGGUGCUCCGUGCCUUUCUGACCUUGGACAUUUUGCUCCUUUGCAGCCUGCAGAGGGGCCGAGGGCUGGGGUGCAAGCCUCCCGGCUUGUUCUCUCUGGGAUGGCGGCAAGGCUGGAGAUCUGCCAUCUCCCCACCCUGCUCAGGCCUCCGCCUGCAGCCUCCUGAUGAUGAGCACGAAGGGAGAAGCAAAAGUGGCUCUGAAGGGGAAGGGAGUUAGGUCAGGCUGGCAGGACUCCCACAGCCCCCCGUUAGGGUCCCCACUAGUCGUUCCAACCAGACUAAACUGGAGGGGCUUUGGGGGCACAGAUUCUGAGACCGUCCUCGGCCAGCCUUGGGAGCUUAAUUCCAUUUAGCGAUGCCUUUCUUGAACUUCCCCCUUCUCACUUGUUUAUCUGCUGAUGUUUCAUUCUGAAAGGGAUGGACUGUUAUGUCCUGGGCUUGGAAAAGUGACAUUUAAGGGAUCCAGUCUCUCCUGUCUUUCAGGGUACUGGCGAGUGCUGGAAAACUAGGGGAGAUCCUUAAGCACAAGUGGUUCCACGUAGGCAGUCUAACCCUUGCUGAAAUGUCUCCUUUUGAGGGUCCUGAAGUCUCUUGAUCAUCAGGGAGGAGCAUGUUUUGUGGGCACUAGAGUUGGCUGUAGUCAGAGCAUGUCUUUGGGACAUUAUCUCACUUGGAAAGAAGCGCAAUGGGAAUCUUGUUCUCGUACCCUCUGUAUACUUUGGUGGGGAAGAUUAAGUGUUUCUCCUUAACUCUCCACAAAGUCUGAGGGGUUUGGCCGGGUCAGAGUCUCAGAUGCAGACCUGCUUGAGACCAAGGGGAAGAACACGGGUGCUGACUCUGGGACCCAGCCCUGGCUGUGCUCCUCGCCCACAGCCCAGCGGAGAGAAUCGUCCCUGGAGGCACAGGAACACACGCACUAACACAGAAUCGUCGUGGAGAGCCGACUCUCGGAGCCGAUGUCCUGCCCUCCCUUCUGCCAGAGACAAAGGCUGACCCAACCCGAGAUUGCAGCUGGGCCGGCUUCUGUCUCUUGCAUCCCACUCCAUUCUCCUCAAUCGUGCUGAGGUUGUUGGAUGUGGCUUCUCACAAAAGCUACAAAUGCAGAGGACAACCUGGGGCCCGGGAUGAGCCUGGAAACAACCGUGGCUCAUUCUCCAUAAUGCAGCUUUCCCGUUCUGGGCUUGGGUCUGAAGGCCGCUGCCCAGCUAAUACCAGUUCUUCUCUUGAAGACCGCUGUGAACCCUCAACCAGCACAACCCUUUCUGUGCUUCCUCUGGAAAAGAACACUUGGGGUGGAAGGCAAGACUUACACUCAGAUCAAAAGGCAGGCUCAAGGAUGCAGUUCAUCUUCAGUAAAUCUAGUUUGAUUUUGUUGAUCUAUGAUUUUAAUUAAUUAAACCAUAUCUGUUACUAAUCUCACAUUUAACAAAUACAAAUCCUUUCAUGGAGACUAAAAGCAAAAGGCUUGUCUUUUAGCAAUUUUUUCUGUAAAAAUUGAAAUGUUAGAUCAUUAAAAGUGCUUACUGUACAGUGGA